AUGGAAGAAAAAUUAAUUUUAACAGUCCCUGAAUUCCCAGAGUUGUACAAUACAACUAUAAAUAUAUACAGUGAUAUUAACAGAAAAGCCACUGCAUGGAAGGCUAUGCGUGCCAAGAUGGGAUUAUUGGCCCUUCAACCAAAGCCCAUAGAUGAGGAUAACAUGUUCAUUUUGAGUUUCCACACCAACAUCAAGAGACUGCCUUAUGAAAAAAAGCGUGCAACUAAGCUUAAAAUCCACUAAAUUCUGUUUGAAGCUGAAUUUAAUUAA